CUUGCUGCCGCGUUCCCCGCUCGGUCCCCUGCCGCUGUCCGGGAUCCCAGGCGUGCUCCCCGGUGUUCCCUGGCGCGGCCUGCAGGGAGCGGGAGGGCAGCCCCCGCCGGGCCCGCGGUGGGAGGGGGCCCUCGGGCGCUCCUCAGAGCCGGUGUGGGUGGCGGGGAAUGUGGCGUGAUCCGGGAUCCCGUGACUCCGGGCAGGCGGUGGCUCCUUUGGGAAGCGGCUCCAGCCGGUCGCCGACCCCGCAGCUUCCUCACGCCUGGUCUGUCAGGGUGAAACUCGGCUUCGGACUUGUGACCUCAGCACGUUUCAGAUUGGGAACAGAAGUACUAAAGCUCUUUUUAUCUCCUUUUUCUCGUUGCCGUGUUCUUGGAACGGGCUGUCCAGGGAGGCGGUGGAGUGAGCGUCCCUGGAAGUGCUCAAGGAAAGACUGCACGUGGCUCUCGGUGCCGUGGGCUGGUUCUCAGGGCGCUGCUGGGUCAAGGGGUGGUGUCGGUGAUCUCAGAGGUCUUUUCCAACCGAAUGGGUUCUGUGCUGGAGAGGGGCCGCCUGCUCGGCGCGCCCUUGGGUUUCAGUUCUUCUUUUUGGAAGCAGUGACUCGCUCGGCCCGUCUGCAGGGCCGGGGAGUUCCCAUGGCGGCAGGUGGCUCUGCGGGCCCAGGUGUGGUCAUGGCUGGGAGGGCAGCGAUGGGGAUGGGCCAGAGCUUGGAAUCGCUUACAUCUGGGUGGUUAAUGGGCUGCUCUCGGUCUAAGUAAAUCCGUGUUACUUGUGCAAAACAGUUGAGUGGAUAACAGAACAGUGCAAGAAAAAUAGUUUUAAAAACCUCCAUUAGUGGCCUUUAUAGCGAUGUUGCAUAUAACUAAAUACGUAGAGAGUAUUUAAGCUUUAUUAACUUGGGUGGGACAGUAAAGUUUCAGGAAUUGAAAUGCUUGUCUGCAGAUAGCUGUCAUGCAGCCUCCCAUCCUUAUGUGUUUUCCUUCUUGUCCACAAUAAUUUACAGCUACACUAAAUAAGCAUGUGGGUUUUAUUUGUCUUUAGAGUGUUGUGCAACACUGAAGUUGUCAGUGCUUGCUUUUUUUAGAGCAAGGGUUGCUGUGUGUGACUGGGGGGUUUUUUGGUGUGUUUUUGGUUUUUUUUUUUAGUGUUUUCCCAUUACUUUUAGCAGCUUUGAAGGUAACAAGCUGUAAUGGCAGACUGGAGGGAGAGCAGACAUACCCAAAAUAAAUCUAAAACCUUUUUUUCUUAGCACUUUUAAUUUCAGAGAAGUCUAACCAAAGGAUGGUACGACUAUAUCUGUGUUUCAUACCAACAUCAAAUUUAUAACAAACUGCUCCUUUUCAUUCAGGUUGUAGGGAGCUGUCUUUGCUGCCUUAAUUUUAGUAAAGCCUUUUCCAUAAAGUUAAAAAGAGAGAGUGUGUAUUAAAAACAAAACAAAAAAACCUGCUCUGGCAGUCCUUGUUUUGCUUUCGAGUGCUCUAACACCAUGGGUUUCCUUAAAUUGAAGAUAUGUGAAAAAAAAAGAAUUGCAGAGGGUCAAAUAAGAUAUUUAGAUUUCAAGCUUUGUUUUAUUUUGUGUCAAUUUGGUAAUAAAUUCUAGGAAGCAGAUCUUCCAGCUCCUUAGGAUUGGAAUUUUACAUAAACAUUUCACAAUGAAUAAGAAUUUCCCAGCAAAAAGGCUUGUAAGAAGUCCUUAGGGUUUGUUGUUUUAUUUUUUGGUGUUUAUUUUUUGUUUUGUUGGUUGUUUUUAAGGGAGUUCAUUCUCCUCUUUGUUUUGUUGUUGUUUUCAUUCUCAGCAAAGCAGAGAAGUCUCUUGGCCUGGUACAGUGUAACCCACUUAAUGCCUUAGGGAUGGGCUUUCAUCACAAGAGUUAUACUUGGAAGAAAUGAAUGUACAAGGUAGCCUUGUACCAAUAGAGGCUGCUAUGGCUGAGAUUCCCUGAAGGAAAAGGGAAACUAAUGCAAGGGAGAAAGAUGAGCACAUUUGGGCAGAAAUAAUUGCUGGAUAAGUUACUGAAAGAGUAGAAGCAGUAAUAGAGAAGUAGGUUGCAAGGAGAAUGUUAAAUAGCUCAGGCAUUGUUAGCAAUGUUGGACCAGGAGAAGCAGCACCAGAGGGUGUUUUGAAGUUGUCUGAAAGUAAUAGAAUAUUUAAGUUGGAAUAUCUUUAACUGCGAACUGCUGAGAAAUGUCAACUCUGAUUAAAUCCAAAUAAAUUUGCUUGUUCUGCUUCAAUCUGGGGAAUGAGUUUGGAGGUUAAGGUUAGGCUUAUACAAGAUUAAACUGGCAGAGAUGUAAAUGUAGAUAUUUCUCCUGACAAAUUUUGCUAAUUGACUUUGUGUCUAGCUAGAAGUUAGAAUAAAUGAAGUGAUUCUGGCAGUAGGUCCUGGAAGGAUUUAAUGAUCCAAGGGUUAUGUGAACUUGAGGAUUCCUUCCCUUGACCACUGGUUCUUUCAUAGUCUUGAGUCAUGCCAGGCAACUGUUUGAACUGGAAUCCUGAGCUUCAAAGGAGUAAAAAACAACCUUAUAAAGAAACCCCCAAACAUUUUUGGUAUCCAGAUUUUUGGAAACUUGCAGAUCUGCUAUAGGCAACAAGUUUAACCACUGUAGUGAUUGAGGGCUGAGAAAUGUAAAACCUACACAAACAGUCUAGAAAACCAGGAGGAUCUUUUCCUGUAACAAUGGCAGCAAAAUCAUCACUCCUUAAAGUAAUACUGCUAGGAGAUGGUGGAGUUGGGAAGAGUUCCCUUAUGAACAGAUACGUCACCAACAAGUUUGAUGCACAGCUGUUUCAUACAAUAGGUGUGGAAUUCUUAAAUAAAGAGUUGGAAGUCGAUGGACAUUUUGUUACAAUGCAGAUAUGGGACACAGCAGGUCAGGAACGGUUUAGGAGCUUGCGGACUCCUUUCUAUAGAGGCUCAGACUGUUGCCUGCUAACCUUCAGCGUGGAUGACUCUCAAAGCUUCCAAAACUUAAGCAACUGGAAGAAAGAAUUCAUUUAUUAUGCAGAUGUUAAGGAGCCUGAAAGUUUUCCAUUUGUGAUACUGGGUAACAAAGUAGAUAUCGAUGAAAGGCAAGUGUCUACGGAAGAAGCCCAAGACUGGUGCAGGAAUAAUGGCAACCAUCCCUAUUUUGAAACCAGUGCAAAAGAUGCCACUAAUGUUGCAGCAGCCUUUGAAGAAGCUGUUAGAAGAGUUCUAGCCUCUGAAGAUAGAUCAGAUCACUUUAUUCAAACAGAUACAGUAAACCUUCACCGGAAACCGAAACCCAGUUCAUCUUGUUGUUGACUUAAGUUUCUUUUUGCCAAAUUACUGUUGACUAGCUUGCUCUGUGAAAGAACGGGGAAGGUGUAGUAGAUAGAGUAACAAAUGGAUUUCAUUCUAAUAUCAAAGUUGUAAUAUUCUGCUGCUUUCAUGAGGGAGAAAAGGAAAAAUCUCCAUUCAUGAGUGACCCAAUAUUGAAUAAGUGAUGCUUUCUGUUUAGGAAGGCAUCAAGUAAAAAAAAUAAUAUAGGAAUGUAAUUUGCCAACUUUAUUAAAAUGAUAAAUAUUUUGAAUAUAAUUAAAACUUGAAAGUUCUAGAAGCACUGCUUUGAAGAAGCUGUUCUGGAAUUCAGGCACAAAGAUACUUUUAUAUGUGUAUAUUUUUAUGAAAUCAGCAUUCCACUUUUGUUUCAUUAGAUGUCAGUUUCUUAACAAUGCUAGAUAUUAAACUUCAGUCUCACUACAUUCCUUUUGCUGUGAGUGGUAUUUCAUCUCUAAUGUGGUUAUUGUAAAUUAAUAUGAAUUAUGUCCAGGUCUUCUAAUUGCCUAAUGUUGUUGUAAUUUUUUUAGGUUUAUGAGUAGGAAAUCAAUUUCCUACGUAGUUAAUGUCUAUUUUUUCCCCAUCUACUAUUCUAAUGCUGCACUAAUUUUCCAGUGGUUUAAUACUGAUCAUUUUUAAAAUUAAUGUGUGUCUUUGCCUUAAGUCCAUUCUAGCAUGUUUCUAAAUAAUAAGGUGAAAAAUC